AUGGUGGAUAUCCGAAAGGCUUAUGACACUGUUAGCUGGGAUUUCUUGAAGGAGGUUCUGCAUGGGUUCGGGUUUCCGAGUAUCUUCACUGAAUGGAUCAUGGAGUGUGUAAGCACAGCAUCUUUUCGGGGAGAUGUAAGCUCGGUGGGAAUAAUGAUGAAUGCGUUGAAUGAGCUCGAAGGGACCUCAGGGCUAGCGAUUAGUGCUACGAAAUCGAAACUGUUUUGUGCUGGGGUGCGUGAUGACCUUAGCUUCACACGCAUCCCUAAUGGCACCUUGCCUGUUCGUUACCUUGGGGUUCCUUUAGAUGCUCAAAAGCUAAAGGUAUCUUGCUACACCCCUCUUUUUGAUUCCAUUAACAAGUAUAUAUCUGCCUGGAAGGGAUUUUCUUUAUCUUAUGCAGGUAAGCUUGAACUGAUAGCCAAGGUGAUCCAAGGUGUGGUAGCAUACUGGAUGCAAGAGUUUUCUCUACCACCCACAGUUAUUGAAAGCAUAAUUUCUAUAUGCCGAAAAUUCCUAUGGGGUGGAAAAAGGGCUCUUGUAUCAUGGGAUGUUAUCUGCAGGCCAAAAGAUGAGGGCGGACUUGGCUUGCGAAAUUUGAAACAUUGGAACAAUGCGUUUAUGACAAAAACACUCUGGAAUAUCCACACCCGGAAAGAAACGUUAUGGAUUCGUUGGUCCAUGACUUUUAUUUACGGAAUGUGGACUUCUGGACGUGGAAUCCGGGAAGAAACGAGUCCGCCCUCAUGCGUAGUUUGGCGAAGGCUACUCACGAAAAGCAAUGUAAUCUUCAUGGAGAUUGACAAACAUUGCUCGUUUUGUGGUGCUACACUGGAAGAUAUCAACCACCUUUUCUUCAUGUGCCCGUUCUCUAAACAAGUUUGGGACCGUGUAAGAGAUGGUGUUGGUAUUGCAAGGAAUACGGCCUCUAUCAAAGGAGCAAUAAAAUGGCAUCAUAGGGAUUCUCGAGGAACCCGGCCUCGAUCCAAGAUUGGUGCUCUAGCUAUCAUGGCCUCGGUUUUCCAUUUAUGGAAGACAAGGAAUGCUCUUUAUUUUGAUCAGAUGGCUGCCGAUGUGGACCGUACUUCUACCAUGAUCCUCAAGAACAUUUUCCAGGUGAUGUACAGGUUAUACCCGAAUGGGUGGAAUGCAUGA